AUGGCUUAUAUUAAUAAAGAUGCUUCUGUACAAUUACCUGAUGAAUAUACAGAUAUAGGAGCGAAUGGAUUUAAAAGGAUCAAUGAUCUUCGAAAAAAGAACAGAAGCCUGAAAACCUUAAUCGCCAUACAGGAAACGGUAACUGAUAAUGAGAAAAAAAACAAAAACAAUAAAAUAUUCUUCGAUCCCGUUCUGCGAGGAAAACUUGUUAAUAAUGUUGUCAACUUCGUUCAAAAAUAUAAAUUCAACGGUAUCCAACUCGAAUCGGCAUAUAUAUCUCAAUAUGAUGCAGUUGCAUCUGAUAAGCAGAAUUUCGUUUUGCUAUUGAAAGAACUCAAAGAAAAAUUCGAUAAAAACGGUUUAAUUUUAGCCUUAGCAGUUGAUGCUAGAGAAUCGACUGCCAAGAAAUAUGAUAUUAAAGAAAUAUCGAAGUAUGUCAGCUUCAUAAAUUUGGAGACUUACAACUUUCACAGAGAUAUUUUUAACGAUGAGAAAGUACUGAAAGCUGGACAUAUUGCUCCACUGUAUCAUUCAUCAAAGGAAAAUACGGAGGAUCGGAAACUGAACAUUGAUUAUAUUGUGAAAUACUGGCUUUCGCAAGAAGCUCCACCAAACAAGUUAAUACUGGGAACUACUUUCACUGGAAUAAUAUAUACUUUAGCUAAUCCAAAGCAAGUUGGCAGGGACGCACCUGUAGUUGAUACUGUAAAAUAUACUUUAGACACGACAGGCUAUGGCUUUUUUUGCCCAAAUGAAAAAGAUCGUAUAUGGAAACAACUCUACGACAAGGAACAGCAGGUGCCAUAUAUGUACAAAGGGAAGAGAAUGAUUGCCUAUGAUAAUGUUGCCUCCAUCAAGACAAAGGCCGAAUAUGCUAAAAGUAUGAAGCUUGGUGGUGUGUUCGUGGAUAGUAUUGAACAAGAUGAUUUUCUCGGACAAUGUGAUGGAGAGAAGUCUCCUCUUCUGAAGGCUGUGAACCGAGUCCUCAGAAACAAAUCUUUCGCUUCUGGUAGUACGCCGCCAGAAGAGCUGUCAGCGAAGCAUCCGGUGGGGCGACCAGUACAUAAUAAUAAGUGUCACAAAAUCGUUGGUUGUUACUAUGUUAAUAAUGAAAAUGAGCAACCUGUCGAAACGCUAAACAUAGAGAUGAUCGAUUUGUCUCUUUGCACUCACUUAUUUUACAGUAUGGCUUCUCUUCAGAGAAACGCUUCUGUACAAGUGACUGAUGAAUAUACAGAUAUAGGAGCGAAUGGUGCAUUUCAACGGAUCAGUAACCUUCGAAAAAAAAACAGACGCUUGAAAACCUUAAUCGCCAUGGAGGAAUCGGUAUGGGAAGAUGAUAGUAAAAGAAUUCAAAAUAAAAUAAUGUUUGAUCCGAAUCUGCGAGAAAAACUUGUUAAUAAUGUUGUCAAGUUCGUGCAAAAAUAUAAAUUCAGUGGUAUAGAACUUCAUUCGCAAUAUCUAGCUGAAAAUAAUGCAGUUUCUUCUGAUAAGCGGAACUUUGUUUUACUAUUAAAGGCACUCAAAAAAAAAUUCGAUAAAAACGGUUUAAUUAUAUCUUUAGCAGUUGAUGCUAGAGAAUCGACUGCUAAGAAAUAUAAUAUUAAAGGAUUAUCAAAAUAUGUGACCUUCAUAAAUUUAAGGACUUACAAUUUUCACGGAGAUAAAACUUAUGAUGGAAAGAACAUAGUGAAAGCUGGUCAUAGUGCUCCACUGUAUCAUUCACCAAAGGAAAAUACGGAGGAACGGAAAUUGAAUGUUAAUUUUGUAGUGCAACUUUGGAUUGCUCAACAUGCUCCACCAGGCAAGUUAAUAUUGGGAACUACUGUCGUAGGACUCGAGUAUAAUUUAACUAAUCCAACAAAUUUUGGUAGAGACGCACCAGUUGUUGAAGAUCCAAAAUAUGUUUUACCAACGAUAAGCUAUAUCGAUGUUUGUCCAAAAGAAAAGAAUCGAGUAUGGACGACUUUCUGGGACGAGGAACAGGAAGUGCCAUAUAUCCACAAAGGGAAGGACAUGAUUGCCUAUGAUAAUGUUAACUCCAUCAGGAUGAAGGCUGAAUAUGCUAACAAAAUGAAGCUUGGUGGUGUAUUCCUAGAAAGAAUAGAUGAAGAUGAUUUCAGUGGACAAUGUGGAGGAGGGAAAUUUCCACUUCUAAGAGCUGUAAACCAAGUUCUCAGAGCCAAAUGUUAA